UUGCAUGUUCUCAUAAUUAAUCUGUGCUUAUAUAUUAUAAAUGAACAGCAAGGUUUCUGAAAACUGCAGGUGUCAAGAUAUUUGAUCGAUAACAAUGUAGCAACCAAAUCCAACGUUGUCAUUGAAUUUUGCUGUAACAUGUAUGUUAAACAAAAUUUUAAGUUGUUUAAUAAAUCGAUAUUAUAUUUGUUUUAGUCUCUUUCUUCACUGAUAUUACGGCAUUUAACUAAUGCUUAAAGAGAAAUCUGUUCAUAUAGUUUGGUUGCAAUCAAACUAGCUCAAGUUCCCACUAUUGUGUAACAUACGGAAGUAACAUAAUGGUGUUUUGUUACAAGAUUAUAACAGAGUCACCGCGCCGUUCGAGAUGUUCCUCACCGAGAAAAGACUUGACACAAUACUAUAUCCCGAACGUAUCCUCAGAAUUUAUAAGCUCCUAUGAUUACGAAGAAGGCAAAAACGUCUGGGAUGACAUACCUGAACGCGACUGGCGUUUGCUCGGGGCUCUCGCUAGGAAGAGAGAAGAACAAGAAGAGAGGGAGAAAUUAGCGGAACAAUUUCAGAAGAUGUGGCUGAAGGAAAAAGAAAAUCGGCAAAUGGUAGAAGCAGAAACAUCAGAGCAGUAUAAACGAUACCUACAUAAGAAGAGGUCUCACGAGAAGUAUCUUCAGGAGUACAAAAGACUGCAGAGGGCAGAGCAGCAACAGGCCAGAGUUGGACAACUGAUAGAUUGCAUCAAACACAAAGAGGAGAGAAGCAAAGACGUUUUGGCUUGGAGGGAUGAUAGAAAGAUAACACAAAUUAUCGGCAAGGCAGUAGAAGAGGAGGCCCGAGCGCAGUUGGCAGCUGAUCGCCGUCAGCAGCGAAGAUUUGAAGACGAAUGGAGAAAGACGGUUGAACUCGUGGAUACCACAAGACGAUCGGAAGAUGCAAGGAAACGGAGAAGAGCCAGAUUGAGAGAAGAGUCACAGCGUCUAGCGAUUACAAAUGCUCUGACGUCAUGGGAGACGUCUCUGGUUCGUCAAGAGGUAGCCGCUGCUGAGGCUGGGCGACGAGCUCUAGUGUCCGCAGCUCUGGCGGUCAAAGACGAGAAGACAUGGCGAAUACAACAAGCCAAGAACACGCGGAGGGAACGAGGGAGGAACAUAGCGGCAAUCACAGCUAUGAUGAGAGAAGCCGUCAGGAACGGGAGAUAGGUCAUUUAAUUCUCAGAGAUUCACACAUGUUACUUAUAACUGUUGUAUUUGUUGAUUGUUUAUUGAAUUCUAUUAAAUUAUUAUACUUCUAAAAAUACAAAAUCUGUUAGUCGCCAGCUCGUGUUAUACUGAACUCAAGAUAUAUGGUUUUAUAAUGUUAACUACAGUACACAUCACUAGUGUCACCGAUACUUGUAAAUUUAAAAAAAUA